AUGAAUCUCGGAUAUCAGCUCAAGAAAGAUGAAAAUUUCCCAAUCCUGGAGAAAUUAUCCGAAAUGGACAAUUGCUGCAUAGCCAAUAUUGCACUUUAUGAAAAAACAUUAAGUUUAUGCCCAAAAUAUCCUAAUUUCGAAGGAUUACGAUUGCUUGAAGUUGGCUGUGGUCAAGGUGGUGGUAUCGAAUGGAUUUUAAGAGCUCAUUCAUUCGCAAUUGUAAAUGGUGUUGAUCCGAACAUUCUGGAUUCAUUUUCCGGUAAAAUUGUUAAGGGAAAUGCAGAAAAAUUACCAUUUGUUAAUGAUUCAUUUGAUAUUAUAAUAAACAUCGAAAGCAGCCAUUUGUAUGGCAAUUGCCAGCAAUUUUUCUUGGAGUGUUCCAGAGUUUUGUGUGAAAACGGAUUUUUGUGUUGGGCUGAUCUUCGCUAUACUCAUCAGCUGAAAAUAACUAUGAUUCAAGCACAAAAAUCCGGUUUACACCUGAUUAGGACAGACGAUAUCACAGAACAAGUGUUGCAAGGUAUUCAAUCAACAUCAUCAAGGUACGAUGCAAUGCUGCAAAAUGCACCAUACUUCAUUCGCCUCUUUCAAAACUCCAUUCGGACGACAUACUGCGCACCAGGAACGAGAAGUUACGAACGCUUCUUGAAACGUGAAAAAAUUACGUCAUCUUUUGCAUUUCGUGCUAACAACGAUGAACGAAAUAUAGAGUAUUCCCAGAAAAUUGAUCAAGACUAA